UUGCUGCUAGAAGCGCAAUGAGUCAGUAGAAAACGAAAAUGACCCGUAUAGCAGGAAGUGCAGCCACAUGAAACGAGUUUACAGCUGAGAUUCGCCUCGGAGCCUGCUUUUGGACAUUAUUCUUCAUUUUCUUUUGACUGUUACAAGACGAAGGAACAAACUAGAAACAUGCUCUGGAAACUGCUCUUCGUGGCAACGUCCCUUGCAGUGCUUGAAAUUGCAGCAGCUGUAGAACUGGGAGACUGCCCUACGCGUGUCAGCUGCCAGGACUGUGAGCAGGACUCAAAAUGCCUGUGGGUGCAGUGUGCAAAUGUUUCCGGAACUCCUCUGAACUCCACCUGUGUGAACGCCUCGGAGACCCUGCAGCAGGGGUGCACACCUGUCACUGGCUGCGGAGGUUCUGCAAACGCAUCUACAACUGCAGCAAGUCCUACGAGCCUUCAUACACCAAACGCAACCUCCACUGAUACCUCUGCAAACGUGACCCCCACCGCAGCUGCUCCCACACCGACCGGCACCCCCCAGAGGACGUCCACCUUCGACGCCGCCAGCUUCAUCGGGGGCAUCGUGCUGGUUCUGGGGCUGCAGGCUGUGCUCUUCUUCCUCUACAAGUUCUGCAAGUCCAGGGACCGCAACUACCACAACCUCUAAGCGCUGACCCAAGCCCAUGCCGACCCUGUACCCCCAUCACCCCCCCAGCUCCCACGCCCCCGCCAGCCCUC